AUGUUGCUUGCCAAAACCUCGUGUGCGGAAAUUCUGCAAGACCCCAGCAGACAGCCCAGGGUCAAGGCAUUGCAUCUGAAUAACCACAUUUCGGAAGUACAGGAACUCAAAUCCUCGUCUAGCCAUAACAAUGCCUUGAAUCACCCAAAAAAGCCUAGUUUGGCCAAUAUCCUAGCGGUCAGUCCGGACCCUGACGACAACAAAGUGACACAAACACCAAGGUCCCCAAGCUUCGACCAGCAUCGAACAGUCUCUCCACCGGCGCCCACAGAAGCCUUAGAAUCCAACUUGAUCCCAAGUCCAAUACGAGGACACCGUCACAACCACCAUCAGCAACAUGUCGCAAAAUUCGGGUUUCCUCCCUCAAAACAGCCCCGGAGCCGCAGCUACAAGAUCCCAAACCACGCCAGAAAGCAUUCCCUGGACUCCCUGAUGACCGCAGUCGAAGCUGUCGAAACUGCCCGGCCAAAACCAAAGCAGCAAAACAACAGCUCAGACUCAGAAUGGCAGGCCAGACUAACCCACAUUCUCAGGCUUAAAACUGAUAUUGUCCGCAGUCUGGAAAGCUGGUCCACAACUUCCGCACCGCUGAGUGCUUAUGGCCACAAUCAAUGUGCUUUCGACAGCCUUUCUUUUGAAGACAUUGGAGUGGUUAUCCAAAGAUCUGAAGAACUGGCCUCUGAAGCAAGAGCACUGCUUCAAUUGAAACACACCGGAGGCCAGGUCGGUAUUCGUCACGAAGAGCCCGCUAAUUACACCUACCAGUCCCAACACCCGACCUUGCUUCCUGGCUACAACACCAUAAUGGGCUCGUCCCAACGCUUUGAGAAUGGUGCUGUACCGAAAGCAGCGGCUGAGACCACGUUUACAUCGCCAAUAGUCACAAGCGGCAUGGUGCUAGUUAACGGAGCGGCUUACCACUCACCGACGUUUGGUGCAAGCGCCAAAAACAAUUCAACUACCACACCUGUAAACUCAAUCGUCAAGUCGGGCGAAGCACACAACGAUUCAGAUAUCACCAAGCCGUCCACAACAAGCACCCCGUCAAGGCCAACAACAUCCUCAACGACAAGUCCAUUGUUAGAUACGCCCCCAAAUGAAAGACCCGCUAACGCUAUUCGGGGUAUGGAAUGCGUCCAUUGUGCGAGCACAGAAACUCCAGAAUGGCGCAGAGGACCUUAUGGGAACAGAACAGUGUGCAAUGCCUGCGGCCUGUUCUACUGUAAGAUCGUCAAGAGGUUUGGCAUUCAAAAGGCUAACCUACUAAUGAGAUAUCGACGGCACACCUUACCGGAGGACCGCAGGGUUCCAUCGCACUUAUUCGUGCCAGAAUCUUUUGUGGAAAAGUUAGAAUCCGAUAGGUCGCUGGAUCAGAAUUUUAGUGUUCUGUGA